CUAAGCUAAACAAAAAGCUCGUCACAGGACAAAUACUGAUUUCGCGAUUGGCGCGUCCUUGCCUUUCCUAUUCCUUAAUCCUUAUAAUAAAAUCCAUUACCAACCAAUUAGGCCGGCGGCAACCGCCCGGCGAUCGAUCUGAAGUCUGAAUUAGGAAAAAGGAGAGAAGUGAAGGCCAAACAGGAAGAUGGAGAAUGAGAAUGCACUGGGAUUGGGGAAAAGUAAAAAGCAGAAGAGCAAUGGAAACGAGAUUAAGAGUAUGUUAGCGUUGAAAUCCAUAUUCUUUUUCAGCGGAAAAAUGCGUAACGGUGACACUGAAGGUGUUGAUGAUGUAGCCACCACUCCGCCUUAUCAGCCUUUACCUUUUCUCUCUCCACUCGCAAACUCUGUUGUCUCUCGUUGUUGCAAGAUUUUGCAGUUACAUAUUGAAGAGUUGCAACAUCAGUUUGAUUCAGAUCUUCCUGAUGAUGUUAAACAACCCUUAGUGAUAUAUGCAAGGAACUUUCUGGAAUUUUGCUCCUUCCAAGCUCUUCAAGUGGCAACCACCCAGCCUAAUUAUCUGAGCGAUAAGGACUUCCGUCGCUUGAUGUUCGACAUGAUGCUAGCAUGGGAGGCUCCUGGUGUUGGAAAUCAAGAAACUGCUGCUUCUGAUGACAGGGAGGUGGAGGAUGAAGAUAGCUGGUCAUUGUUUUAUUCGGAUUCCACAAAUAUGGCUGUUCAGGUUGAUGAUAAAAAGACGGUUGGUGCAGAGUCAUUUUCACGAAUAGCUCCUGCUUGUGCUAUUGUUGCAGACAUUAUAACAGUUCACAAUCUUUUCGAUGUCCUAGCAAGUUCUUCAGGUCAUCGGCUUCAUUUCCUUAUAUACGACAAGUACCUUCGGAGUCUUGAAAAGGUGAUAAAGGCAGUUCAGAAUCUCAGUGGACCUCAAAUGAUGUCCAACCUUUCUCUUGCAGAGGAAGAGAUAAUUCUAGAGGUAGAUGGUACGGUACCCACACAACCAGUUUUGAAACAUAUGGGAAUAUCUGCAUGGCCUGGAAGGUUGACAUUAACCAACUAUGCUCUCUACUUUGAGUCUGGAAUGGGCUUAUAUGAUAAAGCAGUGCGAUUUGAUCUAGCAUCUGACUUGAAACAGAUCAUUAAGCCUGAGCUAACUGGACCUUUAGGUGCUCGCCUCUUUGACAAAGCUGUUAUGUACAAGUCGUCAUCUAUGGUAGAUCCUGCAUAUUUUGAAUUUCCGGAAUUUAAAGGAAGUUCAAGACGGGACUAUUGGUUGGAUAUCUGUCUUGAAAUUUUCCAUGCUCACAAAUUUACUCGGAAGUAUAAUAUCAAAGAGGGUCAGCAGUUUGAAGCACUCGCUAGGGCUGUUCUUGGAAUUUACCGAUACAGGGCAGUAAGAGAGGCUUUUAAGGUAUCUUCUUCCAACUAUAAAACCCUACUGUGUUUUAACUUGGCAGAAAGUCUUCCUAGAGGAGAUGCGAUCUUGGAAACUUUAUCAAGCCGCUUGACACUCAUGAAAUCUGUCGGCAAUCAUCGUGGAUUAUUGGGUUCUCCUAGUGCAAGGAGACAGGUGAUACACCCAGUAUCACGGGUGUCACUUUGUAGACUUGGUAUUAUCUCAUGCAAGGAGGUUGACAUAAUUGGAGAAGCAACAAAUUUGGUUGGAGAUGUCUGUGUUGGUGAGGUAAAUCCUCUGGAAAAUGCUGUCAAGCAGUCAAUGAAGAACAUUGGAAGGGCUGAAGCUGCACAGGCAACAGUUGACCAAGUCAAAGUUGAAGGAAUUGAUACUAAUUUAGCUGUAAUGAAGGAGCUGCUUUUCCCUCUCUUCGAAUCAAUUAACCACCUUCAACAAUUAGCUUCAUGGAAAAAUCCAUGGAAGUCAAUGUUAUUUAUGGUGCUUAUAAGCUAUGCUAUAAUCAGGGGAUGGAUAAAUUACGCAUUGCCUGCGCUGUUAGUUGUGCUUGUAGUUAUCAUGCUCUGGCAUAGGAAUGUCGGAAAAGGGAGGCCAUUAGAACCACUAAAAAUCAUAGCUCCUCCUCCAAAAAAUGCUGUUGAGCAGCUUUUGUUAUUGCAAGAAGCUAUUAGUCAACUUGAGGCAUUAAUCCAAAGUGGCAACAUUAUUCUACUGAAAGUACGAGCUCUCAUUUUUGCUGUCCUUCCUCAGGCAACCGACAGGACAGCUCUUGUACUGGUGAUCAUGGCCUUGGCUUUUGCUUUUGUGCCACUUAAACAUUUGAUUCUUUUUGCUUUCUUGGAGUCUUUCACAACGAACAUGCCUCUGAGAAAGAUCAGCAGCGAAAGAGAUCUCCGACGGAUUAGAGAGUGGUGGAUCAGGAUACCAGCAGCCCCUGUGCAGCUUAUCAAACCUGAUGACAAGAAGACAAGAUGAGUAAAAUGAUUCAUGACAAUUAUGUUUUAAAACAAAUACUAUAAUUUUAAACUAGGAGUUUGUGUAAAGACUGGUGCCUUAUUGGUGNCUUCUUU